GCCAUCGAGCAAGACCUACUACGACCUUCUGGGGGUGGACCGCGAUGCUUCUGAAGCAGAGAUCCACCGUGCCUACAAGAAGAAAGCUCUCCAACACCAUCCGGAUAAGAAUCCAGGUCGUGUGGAGGAGGCGACAGAGCUCUUCAAGGCCAUCGGAUCAGCCUACAACUGCCUUCGCGAUCCUCAGAAGAGGGCCAUCUACGACCACGAGAUUGAGACCACGGGAUGGAGCGCAAGUUUCGGCACGGAGCAGGCGAGUGAUGGCUUCACCUUUCACAUGGCCAAGGACCUCUUUCGUGAAACCUUCGGAGACGAAUUCGCCGAAAGGUUGGAGAAGGUGGCCGCCGAGACGUCUGCCGCCGUGGCCCAGCAUGUGGCUCCACACCUGCAGGCAGCCGUGGACAUUACGAUGUCGGCGGCCGGUCAGGCUGCUUCGGUGCUCGGUGGUGCAGCAGAGCGCUGCUCACAGUCGGACUCCGUCCGAAGCGCGGUCAGUGCUGGGCUUAGCUCCAUGGCUGUGGAGGCCGAGGCCAGCGCCAACCGGAUGGAGAUCCAAGCCUCGGAGAGGUUCAAGGAGAUGAAAGCCAUUGAGGAAGAGCGGCGGCAGCAGGAGACCCUGGCAAGACAGGAGAGCCAUCGCUUCGUGGAGAUCGAGGAAGAGAAGUGUAAUUCCGCCGUCGCGUCCUCGCUGCUGGCCGUUUGCUUCCUUGCAGGCUCGAUCGCGCUUGUCUCGCUUCGAUUCGUCCGGCUCUAUGGGCCCCAUGUGCUACCCCCGCGGCUUCUCAAUGCAGUGCCGCUGGCCACGGUGGCGUUUCUCGUGUCCUUCACCCGCUGCUCUCGCCUUUGGGUGCUGGUCCUUGGCUGCCUCGUUGACAUCAUCGAGGUCUUUCCCGCCUCCUGGGGGGCUCCAGUGUUUCUCCUCGUCUUCACAGUACGGGCUACGCUCAGAUGGGUGGACUUCGUCCAGCUCUGCCGAACGCAUGCACGUUGGAGAGAGGAGGAUGCGCAGGAGGCUGCCGUGCUGGCGCAAGAGUGGCGCGCCGCACAGCUGGCCUACAAAGGUGCGCAAGCAAAGCUCGCGGAGGCGCAAUCCAACGCGGCCAAAGCGAGGCAGGACGUGGAGGCAGUGCAGCGCGACGGCGCAUCGCUGGGCAGCGCUGCUCGUGCUGGUCUUCACUUCGUCGGGCGGUGGUUUGGAGGAAGCUCCGUGCGAGCCAUC